AUGGGUAGAGGAAGGAAUCGCGAUGCGGAUUUCAAAUUGCCGGAAAGCAGCCGGUUCGACAAUGAGGACGUCGAGCUGUCGGUCGGCAAGCAGAUCAAGCGUUGGGCGACGGAGACAAUUCUCGGGCAACCCUUCUGGCGAUUCAACCGGGGGGGCCGUGACGAUUCCGCCUCCACCUUCGCGGGGCGAUGGCCCGGCGGCAGCAGCGGCGUGGGCUCCGGCGUAUCAGGCGUCAACACGGACGGCAGCUCCUCGUUCUGGCUCGGCGCGAACGGGGGCGACUCGGUGCGCGGCGGCUCGGUGAGGGACCGCGCGAUGCUGCAGCGGUCGACGACGUUCGGGAUCUGCAUGCCGCGGAACAUGGAGCUCGCGUCGCUGCGCGUGAUCGACCCGGAGGACGCUUAUUUGUUACUAUGGGAGCAGGUGACUCUAAUCCUGGGAUUCUACUCCGCUUUAGUCACACCCUUCGAGUUCGCCUUCCUGGCGGACAGCAUGCCCGUGUGGCUGACGUGGCUUGACGUGGCAGUCAACUUCUGCUUCCUGGCCGAUCUCUUGGUCACGUUCUUUGUCGCGUUCAAGGACAAGCACACCUACACCCUCGUUACAAGCCAUUGGAAGAUCGCGGAAAGGUACUUAUUAUCCUACUUCCUCAUGGACCUGCUCGCGCUCUUCCCUUGGAACACCUUCUACCAGCUGGCAGGCGCCAGUGGAGCGGCCAACCUGCUGCAGUGGCUGCUGUGGACUCGAGUGCUCAGGAUGCGACACCUCUUCAGAUACUUCCACAGGCUCCAGAGGGACAUCCGGCUCAGUUAUUUCGCAGUCCGCUUUCUAAAGCUCAUAAUUGUGGAGAUGUACAUCACCCACGUGGCGGGCUGCUUCUUCUACUUCCUCGCCACCACCAUGCCGCCGGAGGAGCAGGGCUACACCUGGAUCGGCUCCCUCACCCUCGGGGACUUCUCCUACGAGAAUUUCCGCGAAGUGGACUUAUUCACGAGAUACGUGACGGCGCUGUACUGGUCCGUGGUGACAAUGGCGACCAUUGGGUACGGGGAUAUCCACCCGGUGAAUCCGAGGGAGAUGAUCUUUGCCAUGUUCUACAUCACCGUCGACCUCAUUCUCUCCGCCUAUCUUAUUGGAAACAUCACUGCACUGGUGGUGAAGGGCAGCAACACCACCAAGUACCGGGAGCGCAUGGCGCAGGUCAUCAAGUACAUGAACCGCAACCGCAUUCCCCGGGUGCUGCGCCACCAGAUGCGCCAGCACGUGCGCCUGCAGUUCGAGACGGACCAGGUGGAGGACAACAUUCUCAACGACUUCCCUGUGAGCAUCCGUCACAAGGUGGCGCGCGCGCUGUACCGGCGACUGGUGGAGCAGAGCUACAUCUUCCAGGGCUGCUCGCCCGAGUUCAUCAACCAGAUCGUCACCAAAGUAAUCCCUGAGCACUACUUCCCAUCGGAGGUGGUCAUUCAGCACCGGGACUCCCCCGAGCGCCUCUACAUCAUCUGCUCGGGCAGUGUGGAGGAGACCUCCCCUUCCUCCUCUGCUGACGGCGGCAGGCACUUUGCUGAGCUCGGUUCAGGCUCUAUGUUUGGCGAGGUGGCAGUGCUGUGCAACAUUCCACAGCCGUUUGACCUCUCGGUCAUCGCGUUCUGCCAGGUGCUGCGGCUGGAGCGGGAGGAUUUGAACACGGCGAUCAACACAUUCAUGGUGGACGGCAGGAAGAUCGUCGACAACCUGUUGGAGCGCACAACGGAGACAGGCAGCAAGUACGCGUUACUGGCAUCGGAAAUCACGUCUCUGAUCGCGCAGCAGGAGGCAGAGCUGACGAUGACGACCAUCUAUGCGGCCUCGCGAGGGGAUAUAGAGCACCUCAAGAGGCUGAUAAAAGCCGGGGCGAAUGCUGGGAAAGCAGACUACGAUGGACGCACACCGCUGCAUCUAGCAGCAGCGGGGGGCUAUGACGAGGUGGUGCGCUUCCUACUCCUGGAGGGCGCGGAUGUGAACAGCCUGGACAACUUUGGCACCACGCCGCUGCUGGAGGCACUGCGGGCGGGCAAUGACUCAACUGCUAAGAUCCUCACGGACAAGCACGGGACGGUUAACCUGCAGGAAGCAGGCACAGACCUGUGUAACGCGGUGAUGAGGGGCGACACAGGACUGCUGAGGAGGCUGCUGGUCAACGGAGUCAACCCCAAUGCAGCCGACUACGACCUCCGCACGCCCCUCCACAUCGCAUCCGCCGAGGGAUUCGUCCAGGUGGCGCGCAUGCUGGUGGAGCAUGGUGCUGACGUGGCGGCUCUGGAUAGGUGGGGCAACUCGUCGCUGGAUGAGGCGCGCCGAUGUGGCAGCUUGCCAUUGAUCCACCUGUUGGAGGAGGCCAUGCGGGAACGGGGGCUUGAGAUUGGUGGAGGAUCCGCAACACGUGCCACCUCCACCCUUCCUCCCCCCUUCCCCAACUCCCACUCCCUCACACGCUCGCACCCAUCCCCGCUCCUCGCCCCUGCCGAUGCGGACUGGGACCGAAUCACCGAGGAUGGCUCGGCAACUCCCCGGAUCGGCAUGUCAGGCUCGGGAACGCCGCUCCUGAGCGGGUCCGGCACGCCCCAGAGGAGAGGUCCGGGAACGUCGCCUGGGAGGGCGCAAUGGAGGCCUCCUGGGGGUGGUGGGGUGAGGAGGACGGGCGGGAGGGCUGGAGGGACGGGAUAUGGUGGCGGCGCUGGUGCCGCUGGUGCCGCUGGUGCGGCUGGUUCGGCUGGUGGUGCUGGCAUGGGAAGGCUGGUUCCGUUGGGGCCCAAGAAUCACGGUGUUUCCAUUUCCCCCAUGGGAGCUAAAGCCGCAGAGAGUUGGGCAGCUUAUGCCGCUCCCUCCGUCCAUCCCUGA